CCGAACGCCAGUUCCGCCGGAGAGCAAUGAAAAUAAGUUUUGGUCUAUCUGCGACGAGUGCCUCCUCGAUAUCAUGCUUUGCUUCCCUGUCGUGAGCUGCGAGCCAGAGUGCUGAGAAUCCAUCUGCCCACCAUGAAAGCCAUUCAAGUGACGAAAUACGUGUCCGGACCCCAAGACCUCUUUGUGACCACGCUUCCUACACCCUCCCCUCAUCCCACGAAAUACCUGAUCAAGAUCCGCGCGUGCGGCACAAACUUCUUCGACCUCCUCCAGAUACAGGGUAAAUACCAGCAUCAACCGCCCUUGCCAUGGAUUGCAGGCAUGGAGUUCGCGGGCGUGGUCGUGGCAACACCCACUACUCGUGAGGGGUCAAAGAGCGCAGUCGCCAGCAGUCUCGAUGGCACAGUCAGCACGCAGACCAACCACAAAUUCAAGGUCGGGGACAGAGUGUUCGGUGCCACACAUGGGGCAUAUUCAAGUCACAUUCUGGCAGCUGAGACCUCGUUAUUUCCGGUGCCUCAUGGCUGGAGCUUUGCCGAUGCCGCUGGUGUGUACGUGACUACACCUACAGCUUACGGCGCCCUGGUUGUGCGAGCGAACAUCCAGCCGGGCGACUGGGUGCUUGUGCAUGCCGGAGCUGGAGGCGUCGGUCUAUCGGCUGUACAAAUCGCCAAAGCUUUCGGAGCGACUGUUGUUGCUACGGCUGGGUCGGAGCGCAAGAGGCAGGUCUGCCUGGAUUUUGGGGCGGACUAUGUGGUGGACUAUCGAGACAAGAACUGGCCGCAGAGAGUCAUUGGACUAUGCGAGCAGCACAGAACAGGCAAUGGAAAGCAGGGAGUGGACAUCGUCUAUGAUCCAGUUGGCAUGAUCGACCCCUCCAUCAAAUGCAUAGCCUGGAACGGUCGGCUCCUUGUCAUCGGAUUCGCCGGCGGCACUAUCGAGAAAGUCGCCAUGAACCGAGUUCUCCUGAAGAAUAUCAGCAUCGUUGGGCUGCAUUGGGGUGCAUACGCCCUGAAAGAGCAGGACACGAUUCCGAAAGUCUGGAAAGGGAUCUUCGAUCUAAUCAACUCGGGCAAGUUGAAGGGCAUCACAUAUACCGACAAGCACUACAAGGGUCUUGAAGAGGUCCCUCAAGCAUUGAUUGCCUUGGGUGCGCGCGAUACAUGGGGCAAGGUGGUGGUGGAGCUAGAUGAGCACUAUGGGGAGGAAGGCAGGAGCAAGCUGUGACGACCUCCAGAGGUACGGUUUGUUGUCAAGGAUCGGAUUGGUCUACCAGUUAGAAUGCCAUGGCGUUCUUAAGUGACUUUUAUGGAACCCCACGGGGAGGAUUUGUACAUCUGUAAGCGUGGUUCGCAGCCAAAGCUUCAUUGAAGAGCGAUUGCUUCGAUCUCGACGUCAACGCCCUUGGGUAGUUCCCGUACAGCAACGCAAGUCCGCGCCGGUUUGUGCGAGAAGUACUUUUCAUACAUGGCGUUCAUCUCUCCAAAGUGCUUCAUGUCGGAGAGGAAG